ACUACACUGCAGGAUCAUUAAGCAAUAAGCACAGGCUGCAGCUGAAGUGUUGCUUACCACACAGGAGUCGAGGGACAAGAACUUCACUGCAGACAUGAGUCAAGUUUUGGACAUUGAACACUGUGAUCUUAACAUUAAGAGCAACAGCAGCAGCCAUCAUACACAUCUAUAUGAAGAGGAGCGCUUGAUUGUAAGGAGGGGACAGCCCUUCAAUAUCACUUUACAUCUGAAACCUGGCAGCAAAAAGUUCACACCAGGCGAAACAAGCUUUGCACUCAUCGUUGAAACUGGUCCGUUACCCAGAAAAGAGUCAGACACUAAGGUUACUUUUGGUCUGGGUGACUCCACUUUGGAUGGUGACUGGAGUGCAUCUGCCACAAAUGAUCCCUCUGGAUACACAGUGUCUGUAUCUAUCAGUUCCUCAUCCAGUGCCCCCAUAGGGGUCUACUCUCUGACUCUGGAGCAGGAGGGGCAGACGACCAGUUUAGGACAGUUCACCCUGCUUUUUAAUGCUUGGUGCUCCCGAGAUGCUGUUUACAUGCGCAGUGAGACGAAGAAGCAGGAGUAUGUUUUAGCACAACAUGGGCAGGUCUACAGAGGAACAUAUAAACGCAUCAAAGGGAAGCCCUGGAACUUUGGACAGUUUGAACGAGGAAUCUUGGAUAUCUGUCUAAAGCUCCUGGAUGAAAACCCCAAAUUUGUCUCUGAUGCCGACAAGGACUGCUCAGCCAGGAGAGACCCCGUCUAUGUGACCAGGGUGCUGAGUGCUAUGAUCAACAGUAAUGAUGAUGAUGGGGUGCUGGUGGGAAAUUGGGGAGAGAUUACAGAUGGGGUUCAUCCAGGAACAUGGAUUGGCAGUGCGGACAUUCUGUACCAGUGGGCGGAGAGUGGGCCUGUCCGCUAUGGCCAAUGUUGGGUCUUUGCUGCUCUCGCAUGCACAGUGUCCCGUGCCCUGGGCAUUCCAUGUCGAGUGGUUACUAACUUUGGAUCGGCUCACGAUACUAAUGCCAACCUGAUCAUAGAAAACCUGUAUGAUGAAGACGGUGUGAGAAUUCCUGGAGGUGAUUCGAUAUGGAACUUCCACGUUUGGGUGGACAGCUGGAUGGCUCGCCCUGAUCUUGGGUCAGAGUUUGAUGGUUGGCAAGCCAGCGACCCAACCCCACAGGAAACAAGUGAUGGUGUUUUCUGUUGUGGACCGUGCCCUGUGAAGGCCAUCAGGGAAGGAGAGCUGACCAAGGAGUAUGAUGCUCCCUUUAUUUUCGCUGAGGUCAAUGCAGAUGUUGUGGAAUUGGUGCAGUUGACAAAUGGAGAAUUUGUCAGGUUCAGUGGAUCAACUAAAUCUGUUGGACAAAACAUCAGCACCAAAACUGUGGGCUCAGAUGAAAGACACGACAUCACACACCAGUACAAGUAUCCAGAAGGCUCAGAGGAGGAGAGGCGGGUGUAUGAGAAGGCUAAACACCACAAUAAGCUACAGCAGCGAGGGGAAGAGCCAGGGCUUCAUAUCAAGAUCAAACUGGCUGAUAACAUGAUCGUGGGCGCGGACUUUGAGGUGCACGCUAUCCUCACCAACAACUGCUUCGAUACGAGGACCUGCACCUUCCUGUUCUUGGCCAAAGCUGUCACCUACAAUGGAAAAGAGGGAGACUGCUGCGGAAUCACUUCAGACAAAGUGGAGGUGCCCUCUGGUGGAGAAACGCGCCUGUCUCUCAGACUUGAGUACGACCGUUAUGGACCAGCGAUCACCUCCGACAGGUUGAUCCAGCUGUCGGCCAUCACAAUCGACAAGCAGAUUACAAACUACCAUAAGGCUGAGAAGACCAUUGUGCUGGACGAGCCAGACUUAGAGAUCAAGCUAGUGGGAGAGGUCACAGUGAACCAGCCUGUGACGGCAGAGAUGACCAUGUUGAACCCUUUACCAGAGCCACUGAAGGACUGCAGCUUUACCAUAGAGGGGAUCGGCCUCACGGACGGCAAACCUGUAACAGUGAAGAUUGGAACUGUGGGUCCCAAACAGGAAGCCAAGGGCACCAUCGAGUUCAGUCCCAACUUUGCCGGCCCCACUGUGCUGCUGGUGAACUUUGACAGUGACAAACUGAAGGAAAUCAAGAGUUUCAUCAAUGUUGUUGUGAAAGAAUGAGCCAGAACAGAAAUCUAACAUGAGUGACAACUUUUUUAUUUUGUUGGUUAGUUGGACUGAUUUAGGUGGAGAUUACAGGGUUGCCCAUUGGGGCUUUAUUUUUUCAUCCACUGAUUAUUUUUCAUCCAUAUAUUAAACUAGAAUAAUAUGCUAUUAUACUGUUUAUGGUUAUAGUUUUUGCUUGAUUAAUUUCAUUAAAAACACAAUGAUCCACAUCCUCUAACCAUUAUGUACAGCACCUCUAUUAUUAGCUGCAGUAAAAUAAAAUAAUGACAUAAACAAAUUAACUUUACAUAUAUGAUUAAUAUGGUGUAUACAUUUUGAUAUUGUACCAUUUAAAUGUGACUAUAAGGCCACUUGCUGCCAAAGCUGAGUAAAGCAAUUGUUUGUUUGUUUGUUUGUUUGUUUGUUGUUUACCGCUUUUUAGGAAACACUUUGUUAUUCAUAAGGAAAAAAAUUGCUAACUAUAAAUAAAAUGUUUGAAAAAUAAAAAUGUGUUAUUUGC